CCUUGUUGUUGUUGCUGCUACCGGAUCACAGGCGAAUCAGAAAAUCAAUUAAGUUAUGAAAAAUACCAUUAAUUGCCUUUCUUUGUCACCGCGGCUCAUGAAGAAAUGGCGGAUCUCCAGACGUUGUCCAUUUGAGGAAAAACACUUACCAUCUAAUGGCGUGUACAGCGACGAUAAAGAACAAAUCCAUCGACAGGAAUAUUUACGAUUUCUAGAAAUACUGAAGAUUAUCUCCCAAACGGAUGAGAAUGAGCUGAUGGUUGUGGAAGUCUGCAAGAAGACGCUACAAAAAAGAGAGAGGCUGACUGGAAGAUGCCAAGAAAAAAACAACAGAAUCCACAGCCAGUCAAGUUGGAUUCUGAAGAUGGUGUAGCCAUUGAAGCUCCAGGAAACCUCAACUUAGACACAGACUUCCUUCUAGGACAAGACCUUGAGUUUGGUGAUCCUGAUCAUGACAGCAAGAUUCUAGGCCUGGAAAAGUUCUCAGAAGUAGCUGCUGAGAUCGGUUUCUCUGUGUAUCCUCUGGGUGAUGAGGAGAGCCCUGUCUACAGCCAGCUCAGCAUGGAAAGUGAAACAGACAACUCGCACGGCACAACUGACAACGGUAGGGAAGACGAGGGCAGAGGCGCCCAGUCCGAGCCCAGUUUUCCUCCCUACCUGUCCUGCAGGGGCUGCGGACAGCUCCGUGAUGAACCUCUGGGACCUGGCAUAGACCUGGUUGGGCCAUACUGCCUUAGGUGCUGCAAAGCCUCCAGGGAAGCCAAAAGUACAGACUUCUGCUCACCUUUUGGAAGCAUGAGCGGGAUUCGCUCAGGUUCCCAUUUGCAGCUUGACGGCGAAGGGUUGGGAAACGGAAUGGGUGACAAAGCACUGACAGCUGAGGACAAACUGCCCAAACUGCACUCAUGUCACCUCUGUGGCUUCUCCUCGCGUUACGCCAACCACGUGAAGCGUCACAUGAAGACGCACAACGGGGAGAAGCCCUUUAACUGCCCCUUGUGCACUUACGCCUCUGCCCAGCUGGUGAAUCUGCAGAGACACCUGCGCAUUCACACUGGGGAAAAACCUUACAAAUGUGACAGCUGCACUUUUGCCUGCAGUUCCCAUGGCAACCUCAAGAGGCACCAGCGCAUGCACGUGCACUCUGCUGGGGUGGGACAGGACACCCCACCACGACUUGCCAGUGGCCAGAUCAGCUUGAAGAGGCAUGUGACCGGGCAAAGACCCAAUGAGGAAGUGCCUGGUGCUUCAGCCAAGGUUUUAGAAGUUGCAAGGCCGACUUCGAACCUGAGUUUGGGAGCCCAGAACAAUGACUACCUAUCAGCCUUUGACGGCUUAAAGGGGGCGUCACCACCACCCAUACCAGCCUCUAACCCGGCUCCUGGCCACCAGCCUCCACCCCUGCUGGAGACCACAGGCGGUGGCGGCGGCAGCGGCGGCGGCAGCAGGGCGACCAGAGGGGGCGUAGCAGACGGUGCCGCCCUCCCCCCUUCACUCUUCCCUUACACUUGCCGGUUGUGUGGCAUUGUCCUGGAGGACGAGGACGGCUCCUCGGCCCAGAUUUGCGCCAAGUGCACCCUUGAAAUGCUGACUAAAGACUCUUCGUCGUCUCCCAACAGCCCCGGCGAGCGCAGUGACAAGGUGUACACCUGCGCCGCCUGCCCUUUCCUCACACACUACCCAAACCACUUGGCACGCCACAUGAAAACUCACAGCGGCGAGAAACCGUACAAGUGCCCACAGUGCGACUACGCGUCAGCGCACUUCGACAACCUCAAGCGCCACCACAGAGUGCACACAGGCGAGAAACCUUACAAGUGCCAUUUGUGUGACUACGCCUGCGGAAACCUGGCCAACCUGAAGCGUCACCAGCGGGUGCACUCGGGCGCCAAGCCCUUCCAGUGCGCCGUGUGCAGUUACAGCUGCAACCAGAGCAUGAACCUGAAGCGGCACAUGCUUCGGCACACCGGAGAGAAGCCGUACAAAUGUCAGGAAUGCGGCUACACCACCGGCCACUGGGACAAUUACAAGAGACAUCAGAAGAAACACGGCCUGGCCACGGACGGCUGGGUCAAAGUUCCAAUGACUGGCAACGACGAAGAGGAGGAAGUGAGGAAAGGGAUGGGAGUCGGCAGUCAGACUCACAGAAAAGAAACGGGGGUCGAUAUGCAGUAUAUGUCUAGGGAGGGAGGUCAGACAAUACACUCAUGCUACAAACUCGAGAUUGUAUAAAAUAUAACUCAGCAAAACUAAGCUACCAGCAACUUCUUUUUGGUUUUUAUUUUUCACAGAGCCUUUAUAUUGUUUUAGUGUGUACCUGUCUUUUAGUGUUUCGUCAGACGUCUUCAGAGGCUGCUAAUUGUUUCUUUGUAGUAUCUUGCACAAGUAUGAAAAACAAUUGUUCUGAAAAUUUUUGGAUUAAGUAAGGUGGAUGAGUAUGGUCAGAGUUCGUCUCCUUUUGUGUCAAGAUAAUAAGACUUUCUCUACUGUGGAAGUCCUUUGAUUGUCUCAUUCUGUAUGUUACCCCACACUAAGCUAAUCCUAUCAUUUCCCACCCCCAUAUUACAACACAUAUCUGGUUCUUCAUUGUAGGACAGAGAACACUACCAAAUACUCCUCAGUACAUGGAACUCGUGCACAUUUUUGCCUGAACUGUUGAGCUGCACUGUGUAGUUUAUAUACAGUUCUUUAAAUAAGCAACAACUGUUUAUUGGUAUAUUGCAAUAUAUCUGCUAUAUUUAUCAGAUGUAGCACUUACAAUGUCACAAGUGAAGUCAUAACUUUUCUUUUUGUACCAAAAAUCUCAUGAAAUAACUUGAAUGUUACAGAUUUCUUUUACACCCUAUCGUCCAAUAACAUAUACCUGACUGCCUUCAUGAGGUUAUUUUAAUAAGGAAUUAGAAGUUUCUACCUAGACUACACAGUGCAGUUUAAUUGAAGAUGGGUCCUUGUAAGGGCCAAUAUUGUGCUUUGUUUGCAUUUGGGCGCAAGCUCUGGUAAUGGCAUGCCUUCAGAUUAAUUUAGUAAUGUAUGUACUACUAGCAAAGUGCUAUCUAAUAGUACUGGAAUCAUUUUACCCUCGAUAAACUAUAUUAAUUAAUUAGGUUGUGUUAACCUAACUGAAUAAUCUCCAGUGUCUUGAACUGUGUUGUCAUUUUUUUCCCCCCCAAACCCCUCAGGAUUAUGAAAAUGUGAUUGGACAGACCGAAAAGUUGGCAACAAAUGUUUUUUCGAGUUACUUUAAAACUAAACGCAUGCACAAGCAUUUUUGAACAGCCCUCUUCAGUCUUUACUUGGUUGUAUGGUUAAAGAAAAGCACAACUAUACACAGACACAGGAUGGCUUAAGUUGUGGAAACGUCUCUUCUAUGUGAUUCAGGCGUUACAUAAAUCGUAAUCGAGCAUGUUGUUCAAAGGAUUUAUUCCCCACAAACUUGUACUAGUUACAUAUCAAUCUUUAAAUUUCCAACCUAAAUUGUUUAUUCUUUGGGUCUUCUUUGAUGGAAACUAUUUAAUCACCUUCCUUUUGAUUACUGUUUACUGUUGAAUGUGAAAUUAGCCCAUUAUCGUGUUUUUUACUUGAAAAAGAGAUGACCCUAUUGGUAAGCAUGUGUGUGUAAUAGUUGUUUUAUUUUUCUAAUGUGGCUGUAACACACUACUAGAAGUGCAUACUUUAAUAUAUAGAAUUGUUUUUUUAUUUUUUGAAUGUGUGAUGUGUCAUUUAGUUAUCAUGGGAGAAAUAAUAGGGACUGAUUUAUGUUGACUCUCGUUUUUAAUUACUAUUAUAUGCAAGUGAGAUAUUUUUCAGGUUGCCAACUUGCCAUGACACAAUGGAGCAUUGAACCUGUUGAUUAAUUCUGACAUCCCCUAAGUGUCCAUUUUUGUCUUUAUGCAGUGUCUCAUAAAUGCCUUAAGUGAGGAUUUUUAAAUAAACACAUGGAAUUCAUUUCAUUGAAUGU